AUGAUGAAAUCGACUGCGUUUACUGUGACAGGAUUGUUCUGUUGGUCGAUAUUGGGAUUAGCGACAGCUCAUGAAUAUGUUGUACAAUUGACGUCUGAAACGUCUUUAAAUUCAUUUUUAGAGAGUAACUCUUUGAAUAAUUUGGAUGAGCCAGUUGACAAGAUCGUUAUUGGAAGUGAUUUUCACGGGUUUUCAGGUGAAUUUGAAGAUGAGGUAAUGUCUGAAUUGUAUGGCGACCCUAGGGUAGCUUCGAUUUCUAUUGAUAGAAUGCUUUAUUUACAAGAAUACUUGAGACAGAAUGACGCACCAGAACAUUUAGCAAGGUUAUCUAAUGGUGUUUCUAAUUCUAGGGUAAGUGCCAAAAACGAAAAUGCAUUUAUUUUCCAUUCUCAUGCGGGGAUUGGUGUAGAUGUAUACAUUGUCGAUUCAGGAAUUGAUAGCCAACAUCCUGCUUUUAUGAAUAGACAUAUAAGUAAAUUGAUCGAUUUAACGGAUAAUCCAAUUCCUGUUGGCGAUCCACAUGGUCAUGGUACUGCUAUUGCAGGUUUAGUGACAUCUGAUACUUUUGGAGUAAUGAAAAAGGCAAAUUUAUUUGAUGUCAGAGUUGUCGAUGCCGAAUCAAACGGCGUGAAAUUGUCAAAACUAUUGAAAUCAUUGGAAUUUAUUGAAAACCAUUCUAGAGCUACAAUGAGACCAUCUGUUGCGGUUUUACCAUUUUCAAUGAGCAAAAAUGCAAUUUUAAAUUCUGCAAUUGAAAGUAUGCCAAAUUCAAUUGCCAUUGUUGUACCUGCAGGUAACCAACAUCAUAUGGCUUGUAAUUUCAGUCCAGCAAGUGCAAGAAACUCACAAAGCAUCUUAUCUGUUGGUUCAUUAGAUUACAGGAGUAGCAUUGAAAUUGCGUCAUUUUCAAACUAUGGCGAAUGUGUAGACGUGUUCACCUCUGGUGUACAAAUGGAUACAUUACAUGCAACUACAAAUUCUGACGAAAAUUAUAUCAGCAAAGUUUCAGGUACGUCAAUGAGCUGUGCCAUUGCUGCAGGUACAGUUGGUUACUAUAUGUCACUUGGCUUAUCAAGUGUAGAAGCAAUCGAAAAAAUAAAAUCGGCAAAGGAAAUCCUAGUCUCAGGGGAAGCAAUCAAAGAGCUCAAAUUAACACUAUAA